AUGGCUGACUCCAACUCCCCUCGCCAAACACGGCCAUCGCUAGGCCAGAUGCGAAGCCCGUCGUUCAUCCAGGACCACCAGCAGUAUAAGCCGCCGCACCCCAUUAGCCAGAACAUCGGCGAGGUUCUGGGCAGUCACUUGGACGAGAGCAUGUCGACUCUGGCCCUAAACUCCAACCCGAUUAGCCCGGAUCCCGAGAAGGUCACCGACAGCGGUAUCAUCCACAGCAUCUUCAAUCACCAGUCAAACCCCCUUCCCAGCGGCACACCGCGAGUAGUGGCGACCAUCUUCUACAAGUCCUCAAACCCUAUCCACCCCCAUUUCCACCCGGAUGUAUCCCCGAAUCUUGUGCCCGGCGACAAACUACCCUCCCCCGAGGUUCCUGAGGGUUCCGCCCCAACAGUGGACAUGGAUAAGAUCCCGCGCGAGCCGCCAGCCCCGGAACCGGAGCCGUUGGAUCACCUCUACGGGCCAUACGUCUCGCAGAUGUGCUUGACCAAUUUCCUUCAGAUUAUCGAAACACUGCCCACGCCGUACCGGCGCAUGAACACUUCGCACCGCUGUCUAGAUCGCGACGCACAGCCUCGUGUGGUUGAGGUCACAUUCUCCCCGCCGCCAAACCCGGAUUACCUCUCGUUUGCAGAUCUGCGCAAGCAUGAAAGUAUCUGGCGGUUUGAGCGCGAGUGGAAUGUCGAGGUUGUCUUGCAGAUGGAGGGUGUCUUCCGUCGGCAUAAGCGGCUGGCCGUGUUUGACAUGGACAGCACCCUUAUUCAGAAUGAGGUUAUUGAUGAGAUUGCCCGCGAGAUCGGGGUGGAGAAGGAGGUUUCUGAAAUUACCGAGCGGGCAAUGAACGGCGAGCUGGACUUCGCCGCUUCCUUGAAAGAACGCGUGGCUCUUCUCAAGGGCGUCCCCGCCAGCGUCUUCGAGAAGCUGAAGGGCAUUCUCACCAUCUCCCCAGGCGCCCGGGAACUCUGUCUCGCUUUGAAAGCCCUUGGAUACAAGAUCGCCGUGCUGAGCGGCGGCUUUCAGCCUCUGGCCGAGUGGCUCGCCGGAGAGCUGGGUAUCGAUUAUGCAGUCGCCAACCACCUCGAAAUCGACGAGACCUCCCAGACCCUCACAGGUAAACUGGUAGACUCAUACCCGAUCAUCGAUGCCACCCAGAAGCGCGCCUUGCUGCAGAAGAUCGCAGCCGAGAACAACAUUCCCAUUGCUCAGACCAUCGCUGUCGGCGACGGCGCCAAUGAUCUCCUGAUGCUUCAUGCUGCCGGUCUCGGUGUCGCCUGGCGAGCGAAGACCAAGGUCCAGCUUGAAGCACCGACUCGCAUCAACGGCGAGAGCAUGGUCGAUCUACUCUACGUGCUCGGUCUGGAUAAUGAGGAUAUUGUGGAGUUGACCUCCAAGACUCACUAG